CCUGACAGGAACCCCGCUCCGGGCCGCAGCGGUCGGGCGCCGUGCGGCUCCCUGCCGGCCUCCCGGGCAGCCGGCCACCGCGCUCCCCUCCCCGCGCCAUGGAGUCCGAGCCGGAGAACCAGGAGCAGAGCCGGCCGCGGAGGCGAAGCCGCCGGGCCUCGGGGCUCAACGCGGGCGGCGCCGCGGAGCUGUCGGCGGACACCCCCGGGCCGGGGCCGGACGGCAGAUACUCCCUUCGGAGAGGUAGCUCCUUCACAUUUUUAACACCUGGCCCCCAUUGGGACUUAACUUUGAAAAGGAAAAGAAGAGCAAAAGAUGAUGAUGUCGUCAGCCUUAGCAGCCUUGAUCUGAAGGAGCCAAGCAAUAAAAGAGUUCGACCUCUAGCCCGGGUCACAUCCUUGGCAAAUUUAAUCUCUCCUGUAAGAAAUGGAGCCGUCAGGCGCUUUGGCCAAACAAUACAGUCAUUUACCCUUCGUGGUGACAGCAGAUCCCCAGCUUCUGCCCAGAAGUUGUCGAGCAGAUCCACAGUGCCCACGCCUGCCAAAAGGCGAAGCAGUGCUCUGUGGUCCGAGAUGUUAGACGUGGGCAUGAAGGCGUCCUUAACGACCAGAGAAAUCAAGCGGCAGGAGGCAAUAUAUGAAAUGUCCCGAGGUGAACAGGAUUUAAUUGAGGAUCUCAAGCUUGCAAGAAAGGCCUACCACGACCCCAUGUUAAAGCUGUCUAUUAUGUCCGAGGAGGAGCUCACACAUAUAUUUGGUGAUCUGGAUGCUUACAUACCUCUGCACGAAGAUUUGUUGGCAAGAAUAGGAGAAGCAACCAAGCCUGGUGGGACAGUGGAGCAAAUUGGUCACAUUCUUGUAAGCUGGCUGCCGGGCUUGAACGCCUACCGAGGCUACUGCAGUAACCAGCUGGCAGCCAAAGCACUCCUCGAUCAAAAGAAGCAGGACCCCAGAGUCCAAGACUUCCUCCAGCGAUGCCUGGAGUCCCCCUUCAGCCGGAAACUAGAUCUGUGGAGCUUCCUGGACAUCCCUCGAAGCCGCCUUGUCAAGUACCCUUUACUGCUGAAGGAGAUUCUUAGACACACGCCCCAAGACCACCCCGACGUGCGGCUCCUGGAGGAGGCCAUACUGAUCAUACAGGGAGUCCUCUCUGACAUCAACCUGAAGAAGGGCGAGUCGGAGUGCCAGUAUUACGUUGACAAGCUGGAGUACCUGGACGAAAGGCAGAAGGACCCCAGGAUUGAAGCAAGCAAGGUCUUGCUUUGCCACGGGGAGCUGAAGAACAAGAGCGGACACAAACUUUACAUUUUCCUGUUUCAAGACAUCUUGGUUUUGACUCGGCCUGUGACUCGCGGCGAGCGUCCCUCCUACCAGGUUUACCGGCAGCCGAUCCCGGUGGAGGAGCUGGUCUUGGAGGACCUGCAGGACGGGGACGUGAGGAUGGGAGGGUCCUUUCGAGGGGCUUUCGGCACCUCCGAUAAAGCCAAAAACAUCUUUCGCGUUCGCUUCCAAGACGCCUCUGCAGGCCAGUCCCACACCCUCCAGGCCAACGACGUGUUCCACAAGCAGCAGUGGUUCAGCUGCAUCCGAGCCGCCAUCGCCCCUUUCCGGCGGGCCGCCAGUCCCUCGGAGCUGCGGGGCGUGCCAGAGCUGCACGAGGAGUACGGGGAGAACCACCCUCCUGCUCCUGCCGGGGGCGCCAGGGCCCAGAGACGGGCAUCCACGGCGGCCAGCGGGACGCAGGUCGAAGUUGACGGAGAAGCUCCCCGGGGCGGCCCCCCAGCGCACACGGCGGAUGACGUGAAGGGCGGGAAAGCCCGUCGAGCCCAGGCCGGCUUCCGAAGAGCCAGGGACAGAGCCCAGGUUGGUGGCCAGCGGAAGGAGACUCUGGUGUAAAGAAGCCCCGGGAAGCGUUUGGGGAGAGACUCUAUUUAUGCUGUACAGUCGCCCUUGCGAUGUUUCAGGGUUACUCAGUACCAGUCGACACGUGCUCUGUUUUUGGUUGGUUUUGGUGGUUGUUCCUCUUUUUUUUUUUUUUUUUUUUAAUGGCAGCUAAAGGUACAUAUACAGAUUAUUGUUAAACUGCAGUCUUUUUAAAAAAUAUAUUUUCUCAGAUGUAGAACAUGCAGCCUGGUAUUUUUAAUCAGAUGAAAUGCUUACAAAAUGGAUUUCCUCCUCAUUCUAUAUUCAUGAUGAUUUUUUUAAUACCAAUUGUGAUAUUUACAAUGUUUGCCAAAGCCUAAAAUUUUACAAAUACUGGGAUUUUACCAGUGUUUCUUUGAUAAAUUUUGAAUGCAGAAUUUGAAAUUUUAACAUUGGCCUCUAAGAUCUACUUGGAAAUAUAUGUUUGUGUUUCAGAAUUUACAUUGAAACAUAAGUUCCUUGGAAAACAAAUACAACUUAAUAGGUUUUCCAUUUUACCAACUGGAAUGCUUUUUCUUGUUUGUUUUUCACUGCACAUUCCUCAUUUUUCAUUGAUUGAACCUGCCGAUUAUUUAAUUUUUUUUAUUGUAAAGUAGUUUUUAGUAUUUGCUUUUAUUUUUUUACUUUGAUGCCUUUUCAAAUUGGCAUGUCUCUAAAGUAUUUUUCUUCCUUGAUUAAAAAUGUGUGUAUGUGUGUAUGUAUAUACAUGUGUGUGUUUUUUACAUCAUAUUAACUUUACCAAGUGAAACCAAGCCAUACUGUUUUUGAGCCAAUUCAGAAAAUUGCAGUUUUUAAAGGGUAGGAUUGCGGGGUGGUGAGCACACGUGAAAUGACUUGGUGUAUUCUGGAUUACGGCAAGAAAACCACCUUAACGCGUUCAUGGGAAGUUCGUGUUGUCUGAAAAAGCAGGCAGAAAGGAACUGACUGGUAGUAGGUUUUUUUUUUUUUUUUUUAAAAAAAAAAAAAAAAAGAGGGACAAAGAGAGUAGUCUUGUCUUAAAGCAGAAUGUCUGGUUGUGUCAGACAUUUACGAAAGGAGAUGAUAAAAGCCAGACUUGAGAGUUUGUAGUAAGUCGUAGAAGGCUUGGGGGAAGUGAACUGUAUUUGCCUUGAUUUACAAUACUUGGAAAUAAUGGGGUUGGAAAGAAAAUGGCAUGUUGAAAAUUUGACCGUAUCAGAUCAAUUUGGGCAGAUUUAUGCAUAAGAGGGAAAAGAGACUAGUGCAUCUUCUACUAUGAAAUGUUUCUGUUCCAGUGAGAUCAGCGUCUCUCGGGGGAGCUCUGAAAGCCCUGUGUCCGGGCAGAUUUGUAACGGUGAUCAGUUCAAGUAAACGGUGACUAUUAUGUGAACUCUCUUUGGCCAGUGGAAAUGAAAUUGGAAAAGACUGUAAAUAGUUAAUUCCAAGUGAUUUUUCUGUAUAAAUGAAUUAUACAAUUAAAAAAAAAAGUCACACACGUAA